GGAGGGGCCGCUGCCAUGCUCUGGGCUGCCGGGGAGACGCCCUCGCUGCCCGCUGGCGGCCGCCCCCGGGCCCUGAGCCGGUCCCUGUGGCGCGGGCGCCGCCCCGGGCCCCCGGGGGAGCGCCAUGGCCUUCUCUGAGCUCCUGGAGCGGGUGGGCAGCCUGGGCCGCGGGCAGGUGCUGCAGGCCGUGGCCCUGGCCGUGCCCCUCAUGUGGCUCACCACGCAGAACGUGCUGGAGAACUUCUCGGCGGCCGUGCCCGCGCACCGCUGCUGGGUGCCCCUGCUGGACAACGGCACCGCCCCGGCCGGCGCCCCCGGCCCCGACGCCCUCCUGGCCGUGUCCAUCCCGCCGGGCCCCCGCCACGGGCCCCACCCGUGUCGCCGCUUCCGCCACCCACAGUGGCAGCUCCUGGCGCCCAACGCCACGGCCGCCAACGGGAGCGAGGCCGCCACGGAGCCGUGCGUGGACGGCUGGGUCUACGACCGCAGCACCUUCACCUCCACCAUCGUGGCCCAGUGGGACCUGGUGUGUGACUCUCAGGCCCUGAAGCCCAUGGCCCAGUCCAUCUUCCUGGCCGGGGUCCUGGUGGGAGCCGCAGUGACCGGCCAAGCCUCCGACAGGUUCGGGCGCAGGCUGGUGCUGAGCUGGAGCUACCUGCAGAUGGCCGUGUGGGGCACAGCCACCGCCUUCGCCCCCACCUUCCCCCUCUACUGCCUCUUCCGCUUCCUGGGGGCCCUGGCCAUCGCCGGCGUCAUGAUGAACACUGCCACGCUGCUGAUGGAGUGGACGUCCACGCGAGCCCGCGUCCUGGCCAUGACGUUCAACUCCCUGGGCUACAGCUUCGGCAUGGUGCUGAUGGCCGCCGUGGCCUACGGCGUGCGCGACUGGGCGCUGCUGCAGCUGGCCGUGUCCGUCCCCUUCUUCCUCUGCUUCGUGUACUCCUGGUGGCUGGCGGAGUCGGCGCGGUGGCUGCUCAUCGCCGGCAGACUGGAGCAGGGCCUGCGGGAGCUGCAGCGGGUGGCCGCCAUCAACGGCAAGAGGGCAGCGGGGGACGCGCUGACCAUGGAGGUCGUGCUCUCUGCCAUGCAGGAGGAGCUCAGUGCGAGCCGGGCUCCUGCCAGCCUGGGCAGCCUGCUCUGCACACCUGGCCUGGGCCUCCGGACGGCCGUCUCCACGCUGUGCUGGUUUGCCUUCGGUUUCACCUUCUUCGGCCUGGCCCUGGACCUGCAGGCCCUGGACAGCAACGUCUUCCUGCUGCAGGUCCUCAUCGGGGUCGUGGACAUGGCGGCCAAGCUAGGCACCCUGCUGCUGCUGGGCUGGCUGGGCCGCCGCCCCACGCAGGCGGCCUCCCUGGUGCUGGCCGGGCUCUGCAUCCUGGCCAACGCGCUGGUGCCCCGCGAGAUGAGGCCCCUGCGCUCAGCCCUGGCCCUGCUGGGGCUCGGGUGGAUAGGGGUGGCCUUCACCUGCGUCUCCAUCUACACCGGGGAGCUCUUCCCCACCGUGCUCAGGAUGACCGCGGUGGGCCUGGGCCAGAUGUCGGCCCGAGGGGGAGCCAUCCUGGGGCCUCUGGUCCGGCUCCUGGGGGUCUACCACCCCUCACUGCCCCUGCUGGUGUACGGGGCAGUGCCAGUGCUGAGUGGCCUGACCGCCCUGCUGCUGCCCGAGACCCAGAACCUUCCGCUGCCCGACACCAUCCAGGAUGUGCAGAACCAGUCGGUGAAGAAGGCCACCCACGGUGCCCGGGGGCCGUCUGUCCUGAAGUCCACGCAGCUGUAGGCUUCCCGAGCGCCGGCGAGGGCCCGGGAGGAGCCUGCUCUCCUCUGCUGACGGCAGGAGACAAAGGC